GUUACACUGGGAAUCUCAGGAUAUGAUCUCACUGCAUAUUCUUCAGAAAUUAAGGAACUUCUAGAGAUAGAAAAACAAAAACAGACUGAGAAGCAGACAUUUAAAGAGAUGUAUUAAGUUUACCUGCAGUUAGAGCAGGAAGUAAAAGUGAAACUAAACUGCAGAUUUAGCAGAAGCCAUUACUGAGCUCAGAACAGACGGAGACAGAAUGGCGUCUGGAUCUCCUUCUCUCCUGGAAGAGGAGCUCACCUGUCCUGUGUGCACUGAAAUCUUCAGGGAUCCUGUUGUCCUGAGUUGCAGUCACAGCUUCUGUAAGGCCUGUCUGCAGCAGUACUGGGAUCAGAAGGGAUCUCUGGAGUGCCCUGUUUGCAGGAGAAGAUCUUCAAAGGAACUUCCUCUCCCUAACCUGUCUCUGAGGAAUACCUGUGAGGCGUUCUUAAAGGAGAGAAGUCAGAGAGCUAAAGCAGGAUCUGAAGUGUUCUGCAGUCUGCACAGUGAGAAACUCAAAGUCUUCUGUUUGGAGGAUCAAAUACCCAUCUGUGCUAUCUGUCAAAUUUCCAAAAAACAUGAAAACCACAAAAUGCGACCAGUUCAGGAGGCAGCAGAAGAAUAUAAGGAGAAACUCAGCACUGCACUGGCUCCACUGCAGGAGAAGCUAGAAGCCUUUAAUGCAGUGAAGCUAAUCUGUGAUCAAACAGCAGAGCACAUCAAGAGCCAGGCCCAGCACACAGAGAGACAGAUAAAGAUGGAGUUUGAGAAACUUCAGCAGUUCCUAAAAGAUGAAGAGGCAGCCAGGAUCACUGCACUGAGGGAGGAAGAGGAGCAGAAGAGUCGGAUGAUGAAGGAGAAGAUUGAAAAGAUGACAGAAGAGAUAUCAUCCCUUUCAGAACAGAUCAGAGCCUUAGAACAGGAGCUGGGAGCUGAAGACGUCUCAUUCCUGCAGGUAAGACCUGUUCACUCUGUGUCUGUAGGACUCUCCCAGUGCACCCUGGGGGAUCCAGAGAAGGUCUCAGGAGCCCUGAUUGAUGUGGCCAAGCACCUGGGCAAUCUGAAGUACAGAGUGUGGGAGAAGAUGCUGGGGACUGUUCAAUACACUCCUGUGACUCUGGACCCAAACACAGCACAUCCCAACUACUCACUGUCUGAGGAUCUGACCAGUGUGAGAUGCAGUGAUGAGAGACAGCAGGUUCCUGAUAAUCCUGAGAGAGUUGAUGCUUGGUGGUGGGUGCUGGGCUGUGAGGGAUUCAACUCAGGGAGACACUGCUGGGAUGUAGAAGUCGGGGGUGAGGACUGGUGGGUGGGUGUGAUUAAAGAGUCCAUCAACAGGAAAGGGCGUGUGGAUGUGAGCCCAGCAGGAGGAGUGUGGGGUAUAGAGCUGUACUAUGGGAAAUACGCAGCCCUGACCUCCCUACCUACACGCCUCACUGUACAGAGGGACCUCCAGAGGGUCAGAGUGCAGCUGGACUGGGACAGGGGGGAGGUGUCAUUCUCUGACCCCAGUGACAACACUCCUCUCUACACUUUUAAACACUCCUUCACUGAGAGACUGCUUCCAUUCUUUAGAACUCAGGGGACUGUGCGGAUCUGCCCACUGAAGGUGUCUGUGACUCAGCAGCUGAGGGCCAGGUUCCUCCCCAGUCCCGUGGUCAUUAAAAAGCGCACUGAAGGAUAGAGAGAGAAUACUUGGCACGAACGCCCAAGGACCGCAAAGUGUACACCUACGUAGCGUAAAGGAACACCUCGAACGGAGCGAGUGAAGGACCGGCAGAGAGAGAGAGAGAGAAGGGGAAAAAGAACUAAAAAAAUAAUCCCUUUGGCCUGUUUUGCGCAUGGACUGGGUAGUCCCUUUUACCUAUAAACACCGGGAAACUGACUCUUCCUUCCAUUAAGAACAAACAAAAAAACGCAAAAGAAAAUGAAAAAUAAAUGUAAAAUUUAAAAA